GCUCCCUCAGUCGCUCUAAGAUGGACGGUGGUGGAGCGUACGGUGGUGGUAAGGCUGGUGCCCCAUUCGACCCAAUUUCAUUCGUACAAAGGCCUCAGGUUAUUCUAAAAGCAGUAUGUCUGCUCUUCUCGAUAAUUGUCUUCGGUUGUAUAAGCAGCAAAGGAUAUAGGAAUGAUGAGAGUGGCAAAGAGUACUGCCUCUAUAACAGAGACGCAAAUGCAUGUAACUAUGGUGUUGGCAUUGGAGUCCUGGCAUUCCUCGCCUGCAUCGGAUUUCUCGUUGGUGAAUAUCUGUUUGAACAAAUGUCAUCGGUGAAAACACGGAAACAUUACGUUCUAGCUGAUCUUGGAUUCUCCGGUCUUUGGGCAUUUUUAUGUUUCAUUGGAUUUUGUUAUUUAACUAAUGCAUGGAACAAAUCAGUGGCACCAAUUGACGGAUAUGGUGUUAAUAAUGUUCAAGGAGCCAUUGCAUUCUUGUUUUUCUCCAUAUUUUCGUGGGCGGGGAGUGCUUGGUUUGCAUUCCAAAGAUUCAAGCAAGGUACAGACGCUGCGUUUGCCCCGAGUUACGAGGCAGAUCCAGUCGGUGGUGCUGGCUACACAAGUUAUCCAGACGCACCAGACAGCGCAUACCAGGAGCAGCCCUUCCCCCAGCAGCAGCAGCAGCAGCAGCAACGAGGUAUGACUGAUUUCCAGGCUCCAGCGUAUUGAGACCAUUGAUGUUAGUUUCAAAAAAAGCAAAAGAAAAAAAACAUCAAUUGAUUGAGAAUAAAAAGAAAAAAUUCAAUGUUUACGAUAAUUCAAACGUUAUUGCACCGCGGCAAAGCCACUUAACUUGAAAACAACAAGUAAAGUAAUCAAAUGAGAUUAAUAAUAAUAGGAAAAACAACAGAAAUUGAUUAUGCUGGGCGAGACCCUAACUCUCCAUAAUAAUUCCCUCGACUUUUCUUUCAUUAUUUAUUGAUGAUAGCUCUAUUUUCGAGCAUUGCCAUGUUAUUGCUAACGUUAUUGAAUAACAAUCCAUCUCAAUAGAAUUUCAUUCCUGCUUUUUGUAUGAUAUAAACAAAUUUCAAUGAAUAUAAGAACUUCAUUUUUCGGUGUACCUAUAUUUUAACAAAACCAUGAGAAUGAAUAAAUAAAAGAGAAUGUACACGUGAACUGUGAAUUGAAACGGGCCUCAAAUGACCGUACAAUAUCGUCGAUUUCGUUGAAUAAUUUACCUAGAAUUGUAAUGACAAGGAAUCACUGAUGUAUCAGUGAUUAUAUCAAUGUGACGAGGAGUCAAACAACAAAGCGUUGUAUAGUUCGUUGAGGUGCAAUUGCACCGAAUGCUUGAUUCAUUUGAAUUAUAAAAAUACUCACACAAUAAAGUUAAUAAGAACAAGAGGAAAAAUUUCAACAUCGUGACUGUGCAGUUAGUAGAUUUAAUAGUAGAUCAUUAUCAGAUUAUUUAUUGAUUAAGUAAAUGCUGAAAAAUGUCUAGCGGAAGGUUCUAAACUGUAAGAGAUCAGAGAAGAAAAAUCUAUAUUUAUUGCAUAUGAUACCGAUACGCUUCGGCGUAUCUCGAUGAUAUUUUGGGAGAAAGAACCAAUUGGGAGGAGGUGGUGAUUGCUUUUGAGAUAUCUUUCUGUCGAAUUUCUGUGCUUUAAUUACUUGUUUUUAUCUAGGGCCUUCCGAUCAGUUUCUCGCGGUGUCCGGAUUCUGUUCUCGAUCCACAGAAAAAGUAAUUCUUCCAAAUUUGAGGAUUAUUACUUCGAUAGUAAUUCUUUUGCUUGAAAAACUCGAUAGGGUUUUAUUCUAAAAUGGAGAAUAGUUAAUGUAUUGAGGUGAAAGAAAUGCGUUCUUUUUUCGGUUUAGGGUGAAAUUUGUUUAUUUGUUUAUUUACUUUUUCAUACCACAAGAUAUUGGAUAUACUACUCUUAAUUCGAGAAUUAUUUAUUUUUUCUAUGUAUAGAGUUUGUGUGCGAGUUAGUGCACUUGGCAAUGCAGUAGUAAGAUAGCUGACGAUAUUCACAUGAGGGAAUUUAUGUGUUUUAGAGGAAAACAGAAGAAAACGUAAAGCGUCUAGAGUAGUGGAUCAUUAAUUGCAGUCUUGGCAGCGAUAAGAGAUGAAUUUGCAUAAUUUUUUAAUUUACGCAUGAUGAAUGGUCGAGUGAUGUCUGACCACCCGCCAAAAACUUUUCAUUUCGUGUUGAUCAUUAGCCAUUAAUCAACUGCUGAACUAUCACUACCACUGAUUACUGAAUGACUGAUAAUUGUUUAAACGUCGAAUUUUGUGGUUUUGACUCUUUCAAAUAUGCUUGGGAGAAUUUAAACUGCAAAGGUUUGAGUUCAAUCCACUGAUACGUUGACAUUCGAUCGAACCACAUGUACCUGGUUUUUGAUUAUUUAAUUUUCACAAACUCCAAUUAUUAUUUAGAUUAUAAAAAAAUAAUCAUGAGUUGUGAAUUGGUAUAGUUGUGUAAUUGUUGCGAGUCUGGGACUGUUCCGUGUAUUGAUUGAGAUGAAUCUAAUUAGCAUUAAUUCGAUGUGUAUAAUCCCAGUGUGAGUGAAGUCUUGGCAAACAGCCUCAAAUUUCAGUGCGACUGUAUGAAUGUUAUUCAUGUGUAAUCCGAUAGUAUUAUUGAACUUGCGAGUUAUCCGUAGAUUGUGAAAACAAUGAAAACCCAAAAAAAUGAUAAAACCAAUUAAAGUAACGAAUGUAAUGAACAAAAUAAAUAUAUUAAACAAUAUAGCUGUAUUAUAAAACAAACGUGGAAAAAUGAGAGGUCAUGCGGUUAUCAGCACAUUGGGAUAAAUGCACGUACAGUGUUAACAUCCAUUGUGCUCUUCUAUUCAUUUUCUUCCUUGAAACAGAGAAAAAUAUGACAACUUGCUCUGAAUUUUAUUGUGAAAAAAACUGGUAUCUCGUUUUUGUUGUGUUUUGACCAAUAUGUUUCAUAAUAUAAAAUAAAUAGAGUUAUAAUUAAAAAACUA